AUGGGUCAGCCGAUAUUCUUCAAACCUUCGUCGCCUAUUUUGGCAUCCAAACAGGCAGAAGAAAUUGCUUCCGACAUACGAUCUGCCAUUCAACGUCGCCAUGAGUCUGGUAAUGAAUCUCGAGCAAUAUAUUUGGCACGGCGAAGGCGCGCGUUAGGCCUAGACCAUUCACCUCCCAGUCCACCAUCUAUUACACGUCCUGUACAUCAGGAUUCGAAUACGAAUUCACAUCCCAGUCCACCAUCUAUUACACGUCCCAUAUAUCAGGAUUCGAAUACCACAUGGCCUGCCGCUAUAGCUGCGAUUACAACGACGACGAGAGAUGCGAUGAACGGGACUCUAACACCGAUUCAGUCGCAUACAAUAGAUCACGGACGCCAAGUCCCUGUAAAUUCAGAGGCAGAUGGUCCAUCGAUGCCCGCCGUUCCGGAAUCGAGAGAUUACCCCCCUUCGUUACCCAGAUUUUCAAAUUCAAUGCUUGUACGUAUACGAGAUGCCCGAGGAAAUCGCAGAUGGGCAACUCGACCCCCACCAUCCUCAGAGAUAGAUAUGAAUUUCAUCUCUCGAACGUCUAUUCAUAGGAUGCGGGACCAUCAGACCAUGGAAGACGACGACUCGUACUCGUCGAGUCCAGCCAUAUUCAAUAGAGAUAUAACCCCCAACACUGCCUUGGCCGAACGCGUCGAUGGACUGAUUACGCUGGAAGACUCAAUAAUGGAGGAAGUUGGUGAACAGCAAAUGAUAGAUCAUGUAGAGGAACGAAGACGUCAGCUAAGGGCUGUCCGUCGCCUCCAACUAUAUCGUCGCGGACGUAUUGAUCAACAGCGCAGAGAGCGACAAUCUGGGCGAGUCCAACGAUUCAGCGUCCCCGAGCAUCUUGAGCAAAUCGAGCAAAUCGAUAUCGCCGGCUCUGCAGAGCAAUUCGAUCUCAAUGGCUUAGGUGAUCGAGAACGUAGCCUCAGUAUAGGAGGCGAAGGAUCAUGGAACGAUCUUCUAAUCACGCCUGAUCCACAACCACCAAGUGCAUCAUCGUCAUUUGCUUCAACAGCUGCCUCUAGCUCACAGCGACCUUCUGCGAAUACCUCUAGUAGCAGUUUGCCCGAAUCUGCAUCGAUUGGCGACUGUGAUUAUGUAUUUGAUGCAGAAACCGAUCUAUUAGAUGCAGAUCUGUUAGAUGCAGAAGUCGAACAUUUUCCCUGCUUAUAA